UAAUUUCAUAAUGUUGUCUAUGAGUGACCAAAGGUCUUACAACACAUUUUUCGUCAGUUUAAACAACUUGCGAAACACGUUUGUAAUAUCAAGUGGUUUGUCUGUUUUGAAUAAUGUGUCAAACUCCAGCUUUUAGCGUUAGACUAAACGUGAAUUCUGUUGUUUUGUCCGUUAUGUAAGACACUUCCUCUUCCUGUGAAUUUAAAGGGAACAGUCGGGCAACAAGACAUGAACACAAACAUGGUGUCUCUGAUCUGCACCUUACAAAGUCAUCGAGAUGAUGUGAACUGCUGCGCGUUCUCCGGCGCUCUGCUGGCCACCUGCUCCGCCGAUAAGAGCAUCUGCGUUUACUCCUCACGAGACUUCAGCGAGCUGCCCUUCUCCCCGCUGUCCGGACACGGCUACGGGGUGCACUGCUGCUGCUUCAGCGCCUGCGGGCAGUACCUGGCCUCCUGCUCCACCGAUGCCACCACCGUGGUGUGGUCGAUGGACUCCGGAGAGAUCAAGGCCGUCCUGGAGCACCCGGGCCGGAGUCCGGUGAGGGUGUGCGCCUUCUCUCCAGACUCAUCUUUCCUGGUGUCUGGAGGCUCCGAUGGGACCAUCGCACUGUGGGACUUUACCUCCAGGACCCUGCGCAGGACGGGGGCAGUGACUGACACCAGUAUAGUGGCCUGCUCUUUCACUCCCUGCGGUCAGCUGUUCAUCACCGGCUCCACAUAUGGUGACCUGCGGCUGUGGGACCUGAAUAUGAACCAUCUCCAUGCGGAGAAGAACGCCCAUGACCUCGGGGUCUCCUGCUGUCAGUUUGCUCCCCAGAUAAUGAAAGGAACAGAUGGCUGCUUUCAGUUUCGGCUGGCCUCAUGUGGACAGGACAGUCUUGUGAAGAUAUGGAUUGUUUCUCUUUUGUCUGCUGCAGGCAUUAAGAUGCAGCUCGCUCAUACUCUGACGGGUCAGUCUGCUCCAGUUCUGUCCUGUGCUUACUCUGCUGAUGGACAGAUGUUGGUGUCAGGAUCGGUAGAUAAGACCGUGACUGUGUAUCAAGCUAAUGAAGGUGUCUUACUCUACACACUUAACCAGCAUGACAGGUAUGUGACGGCCUGUGCCUUUUCCCCCACGGCCCCUCUCAUCGCCACCGGCUCCAUGGACAAAACUGUCAAUAUCUGGAGGGUAGAGGACGGCAGCGGUGCUCGGGGCAAAUCUCUUCCUGAUGAAGCUGCUUCGGUUUCGAGCAGUGGAGGCAGGAAGUCGAGUGGACACUCCAGACUGAUGGUGAGCGAAUGGUCUGAGGAGGAUGUGUUGGCAUGGUUACGUGAGGAGGGGCUAGAGGCUGUGAUUGACGUGUUUAAAUCCAAUAACAUCGAUGGAGAGGAGCUGCUCUCUCUCACCAAGGAAACCCUCAGCUCUGAGCUGCACAUCGAGUCUCUAGGCAUGCGGAGUAAAGUCAUGAAGAAGAUUGAGGAGUUAAAAAUGGCACCUGUCUCUAACGGCACUCCUGAUGAGUACCUCUGUCCAAUAACACGCGAGGUCAUGAAGGACCCAGUGAUCGCCGCCGAUGGCUAUUCAUAUGAACGGGAGGCCAUUGAGAGCUGGAUCAACACGAAGAGCCGCACCAGCCCUAUGACCAACCUACCCCUGCAGACCACUCUUCUGACACCCAACCGUACCCUCAAAAUGGCCAUUUUACGAUGGACCACUUGUCAAUGAUUUCAGAUAAUAAUGAGCCUAGAACAGAUGUCUCUGUAGAACUGGAUCACCAUGGCACUGAUUUGAGAUCAGACUGGCUUUAAACAUUAGCACGCUGUACAUUUUAGCACUUUAACUUUUAACAGACUAUAGUGAUGUCUCAGCUCUUGACUUGAGCUCAAGUUCAGUCUUAAUCCUGAAAGUGAGAGAGGUGUUCCAUUAGAUGUGAUGGGAGCUUCAUGCGAUCCUCCAUCUGCAAAGUGAUGGUAGUUAUGUCACAGGAAGACUGAAGAGCAGGUGGUUCAUAAUCAGGCUAAAACUACUAAAUGCAUAUCCAGCAUAACACAGCAGAGUGUUGAGUGGCCUUAAACAUCUUAAUAAAUGUUUAUCAUCCCCUCUCUGCUCUAUAGCGGACAGUUUGCUGGCAUGAUUAUACUGUUUCUAGCACAUAAUUAUAAUCACAGUAUUAUGAUUCCUCCUGCAGCUGUUCUCUAUCUCUCAUCGUGACUCACAGGUCUGAAUAUAGGUGAAAUUCCUCAAGUGAUUUAGUCUUAUUUCAUGAAAUGAUUUUAAGGAUGAGCUAUUAAUCAUUUAAAGGGGUUGUGUGUGUCAAAUGAUGUUGCUCAUAUGAAGUAGUUUACAUGCUUAAAAUCAGGUAUACAUUUAUUAGUGGAUGAUCAUUGUAGCCAGUUAAGUGACUGGAUUUAAAGGGGUCAUAUGAUGCGAUUUCAAGUUUUCCUUUCUCUUUGGAGUGUUACAAGCUGUUCGUGUAUAGAUAAGAUCCCUAAAGUUGCAAAGACUAUAGUCUCAAACCCAAAGAGAUAU